AGAAGAUCGCUGCCUACAUGAAGUCCAGCUGCUUCCUCCCAGGCCCUUUGUACACAAAGAGUGCGGUGUGGGGCAACAAGUAGUGCCCCGGAAGGCAGGAGCCGGAGUGCGGAGCCAGGGCUGUGCUUGCAGCACCAUGGGCCUGGAGAACAGCCGGACCUCCCUGCACCCCCACCACCAGAUGUCUUGUUCAGAAGGGCCGCACGUUUGUGUGUGCACGGCGGCCUUCACCUCCCUGUGGACGGACCGACAAGGGCAUCUGCCUGACCCUGAGCUGCAUCCUGAGCCGCAUCCUCAGCCUGUACCUGUUUCCCCAAAAGAGAAAGGAACCACAGGCCAACCUAUGUCCUACUCUCCUAAUGUUGAAAUGGCUUCAAACUUCAAAGGGAAAAUUUGGCAAGUAGGAUAUUGCUUUUUUGGAGGUUGUAACCCAAGUCAAACAUCACAGAGUGAUUUCAAAGGACACCUGAGCCAGCCUCUCAUACAGAAAAUCACACAGGGGUCAGGGGCCAGGAUCGGGGCUGGAAUCCGUGGCCCUGGGCAGCAGAGGGUGUGCUGGGCCCACUCUGACUGUGGUCCUGAGGGCAGUCCUCCAACCUCCUGGCUGGUCACCCAAGUGUGGCCGCUCUCUCCAGCAGGCAUCUGGCAAAGGCAUUACAGAGUUGCAGAUCGGCUGGGGGCGGAAUCCAGAAGAGGGGGGCGUGCUUCUGGCCCCGCCUUCACCUCCGGGUCAGAGGAUAAAUUCCCAGCCCAGUUUCUCCGAAGCCUCUCCACUGAGACCGCCUUCAGCAGCACGAUGCCUAUGAUCCUGGGUUACUGGGACAUCCGCGGGCUGGCUCACGCCAUCCGCCUGCUCCUGGAGUACACGGGCUCAGACUACGAGGAGAAGCGGUACACAAUGGGGGACGCUCCUGACUAUGACAGAAGCCAUUGGCUGAACGAAAAAUUCAAGCUGGGCCUGGACUUCCCCAAUCUGCCCUACCUAAUUGAUGGGGCUCACAGGCUCACCCAGAGCAACGCCAUCGUUCGCUACAUUGCUCGCAAGCACAACAUGUGUGGGGAGACAGAGGAGGAGAAGAUUCGAGUGGAUGUUUUCGAGAACCAGGCUAUGGAUGUGCGCUUCCAAAUGGUCAGGCUGUGCUACAGCCCUGAUUUUGAGAAACUGAAGUCUGAUUUCUUGGAGGAGAUCCCUGGAAUAAUGAAGCUCUUCUCAGAGUUUCUGGGGAAGAGGACUUGGUUUGCAGGAGACAAGCUCACCUUUGUGGAUUUCUUGGCUUAUGACGUCCUUGAUGUGUACCGCAUAUUUGAGCCCAAGUGCCUGGAUGAAUUCCCAAACCUGAAAGACUUCAUGAGCUGCUUUGAGGGGCUGAAGAAGAUCUCUGCCUACAUGAAGUCCAGCCGCUUCCUCCCAAACCCUCCAUUCUCAAAGAUGGCCAUGUGGGGCAACAAGUAGUGCCCUGGAAGAGUAGGAGCCGGAGUGCGGAGCCAGGGCUGUGCUGGCAGCGCCAGGGCCCUGGAGAACAGCUGGACCUCCCUGCACCCCCAAGACCAUCUGUCUUUUUCUUUCUCCUUCUAUUCACUCUAGAUGCCUUAUUGGCCCCCUUAUGUCCCUCCCAAUCCCCUUCCAUCCAUCCUUUAAAGUUUCAGCUCCCAACUUCUCUUCAGCAAAUUCCUCCCCUCCCCCACGUUAUCCCUCCUGCACUAAAGCCAACCCGUGAUCCUCCCCUUCCACGGUGGUUUCUGGUAUGAGAAGCCCAAGCAGACCCCAGGCCCAUGGAGCCCUGCUCUCAGCUCCCGGCACUGCCCUGAGGACCAGUAGUGGCCUGUGUGCAGGGCCUGCUUCCCAGUGUAGUUCCUGCCCAGCCCUGUCUGACCCCAGUAAAGCCUUAUUCAUA